AAUUGUAUUAAAGUUUUUAAUUAAUUACAGACCAUUAAAUAUAUUUAGAUUGAAUACAAAAAUGGAAAAAAAAAUUGUAAAAGAUAUUGGGAAGAGGAAGUUUCUCAGAUCAAGCAAAAACAAACUUUUUAUCAUAAAUGAGGCUAAACCAGCUAUUACAUGUCUUCAACUCCCUACUGGAAUGGAUGUUCUUCAACACAUUGUCUACAGAAGAUCACUACUUCCUCAUAAUGUUAAGAAGUCAGCAAUUUUAUCAUGCCCUCCUUACAAGAUUAAGGGUUACAAGAGAUGUGAAGUAGAUGAUUGUGAAUGCAUUUUAGGCUUAAUUAAAAGACCAUGGCUUAAAGCGGGAUUUCAAGUAAUUUCAGAUAAAAGUAUUAUCAUGAAGAUGGACAAGAAGUAUUCAGAUUUGAGUAGAAAUAAAUGCAGAGGAACAGCUAGAGACAAGGUUAAUCAAGGGGAGUUUAUUUCAUUUUUGAAAAAGCUGUUUUGGAUUGGUUCUACAGAUUUAAAGAACCAAAUUAUGAAGGAUAAAAAACGCUCAGAUAAAGAUAAGGACGAUGAUUUAACUUUUUUGGAAGACCAGGAAGGACCGAGAUAUUUUAGUUUGGGAUCAGAAGAUAGAAAAUUUAGCAAAAAGGUUUCUGAAGGUGUGAGGAAGAGGACAAGGCUAGAAGACGAAUCUCCUAAGAUUGAUGCUACCUCAGAAUUAGACUUUCACUGACACUAGCGCUGAUUCUGAUUCAGAAUUUGAACCCAAAGGGUGGCAUCAUAGAAGAGCAGAUGAUUGCAACAUUACUGCCAAAGUCCCUAAGAAUAUUUUUGAUGGAAAUGUAUCUAUCAUAGCUACAGCAAAUGAUAUCUCCCCCAAUGUCUUACAAAAAGUAACUGGAGCAAUUCUUCAAGAUUGUGGAGUUGAUAUCGCAAAAUGCAAAGCCAGUGCUUCAACAGCAUUAAGGAAGAUGAAAAAAACUGCCAAGGAUACUGCAGAAAUUGCUAAAUUAGAUAUAAAGAAGGCCGUGGAAAAAAGCCGUUAUCCCUGUAUAAUUCAUUUUGACGGAAAGGCUUUGUUUGAAAUAAAUCAGGGAAAAAGACUGAAGAAUGAAAGAUUAGCUGUGCUCGUUAAUAUUGAGGGGGUGUCGCAUCUUCUUGGAGUACCUGCCUUGCCUUCUCCUUCAGGUGAAAAUAUGUAUAUAGGAAUCAUGAAAAUACUAGAAGAAUAUGACCUCAUUUCAAAAGUAUGCGGAGUAUGCUUUGAUACAACUUCAAGUAAUACUGGUUCUAAGAAAGGAUCACUUACUAGGAUUGCAAGAGAGGUUGAAAAAUACCUUCUUCUACUAGCAUGUAGGCAUCAUAUCAUUGAGCUUAGAAUGGUUCAUUUCUGUGAAGCAGUGAUAAAAGAGAAUAGCGUAGGGCCUGAAAAUACUUUAUUCGUAAAGUUUAAACAUAUGUUUGAGAACCCUAACUUCAAAUACGACGAAAAUAACCUGACCUCUCUUGAUUGGAAAACCGUGGAAGGAACAGUUUUGAAGGAAGCUGCAAGGAAAACUUUAGAUUACUGUGAGACCUAUAUUACUAAAAAAUGCAAUAUGAGGAAUGACCGAAGAGAGUUGGCUGAGCUAACCAUGCAGUAUUUAUCCCCUUCUGCACAUUUCAAAUUAAAGAAAACUAGAGCUGUUCAUCAUGCUAGGUUUUUAGACAAGAGUUAAUACUACCUUAAACUUCAGCUUUUGUGCAAGCAACUGACAUUUGUGCAAGAAAAUGAUAAUCUACGCGAAGAUUUAAAACUCAUCUGCGAGUUCAUAGUAUGUUUUUACAUAAGGUGGUACCUUCAAGCACAUAAAGCAAUUCAAUCUCCUGCGUCUGAUCUUGAUGCAAUCUUUCAGGUGAAAGAGUAUAAGAAAGUUUGCUCUAAUCCGGAGGCAGUAGACGCAGUGUUAGCAUCUCUUUAUAAGCAUACAUGGUAUCUUGAUUCAACGAUUAUUCCCUUGGCUCUUUUGGAUAAAAAUAUUUCUAUGGAUAAAAAAACAGCCAUUGCAGAUGCUUUGCUUUCCUUCCAAAUGCCAGACCCAGAUUUUUUUAAACAUAGAAGCAAAUAUCGAAUAAACGAGAUUAAUAUCAUAAAUAAUAUGAAGGUACCAACCCUCUCUCUUUUGGUUAAUGAGUUUUCAUAUUUAAUUUUUUCAAUGAUAGGGUUGGAUAAUCAGAGAGUGAGAGACUGGUUGUCACUUCCAUUCCAAUAUAUAACCCAGUCCUCGUUUAAGAAUUUUGAAAACUUUGCCAAAAUCUUAAUUGUUGUCAAUGAUCAUUCUGAACGAGCAAUCGGAAUGAUGCAGCAGUUUGUACAAAGAAUCGAAAAUGAGGAUGACAAGCAGAACAGACUUUUAACUGUCGACAAAGUAAGGUCAACUUUCAAGGUUUUUGGUGUGGGAAAAAGUAAUAAUACAAAAAAAAAAAACUAUCAGAAAGCCUGAUGUCACUCUCUAAAUUAAAGAAAAGAAAAAUGUAGACUUAGGAAAUUGUUAUUCAUUUUAAAAUACUUAUUUCAAUUAAUGCAUAAUUUUUGUCUUGAUAGUAUUUGUAAAGAUUUUAAUUAAAUGGUAAAUUACUUGUUUAGUUCAAAAUAGUUUGUUUUUUUGGUUGAUUUAAGCGGGAAUUUUUACGUCUGUCCAUCUGAAUGAACUUUAAGUAUGAAAAUACAUAAUUUACUGAUUUCAUAACCACUUGCGUAAAUUAAACUUUUCAUUUUUUGAUUUCUUAAAUAUCGUUUUAACCAAGAAUAUGUAAAAAACAUAAUGACAUACCCU